CCCAGAGGUGCUCCGCGUCUCCGUCUCUCCCCGAGAGCGCUCGCCCGAGAAGCAGACCCGCAGCCUUCCUCGAGCUCCCUGAACCGCAUCCAGUGAUGUCUAUUCUCCUCAUCACGGUGUUGUCUUCACUUCUGCUGCGAGAUGCGGAGGCGUGGGGCGCCAAUGUCAAGUACGCGGUGAACUGCCCCGACAGAUGCAGCGCGGAGCGGUGUGGCGGGACGCAGCGGUGCACACGGACGGUCCUGGAUGACUGCGGCUGUUGCCAGGUCUGCGCAGCCGGCAGAGGGGAGCACUGUUACCGCACAGUGUCGGGGAUGCACGGGGUGAAGUGCGGACCGGGAUUAUUCUGCGAGUUCUACAAGGAUGAGGACGAUUACGGAGACGAAUAUGGGAUCUGCAAAGACUGCCUGUAUGGAACCUAUGGAGUUGAGUGCCGCAAGACAUGCAACUGCAAAGGUGGCAUAUGUGACAGGGAGACAGGAGCGUGUCUCACCCUCAAAUUCUUUGCCAAAAUCGCCAGCAAGCUCAAGACUGAGCCACAAACAGGGGGAGAGGUGGGCUCAGGAGAGGUCAGCACUGCCCAGAGCACAGAUCAACACACAGACAGAUCCAGCGCCCCAAAGCGGCUCAACCCUCGCUGACAAGUGCUGACAAGGCUGAAUCUGUUCAGUGUAAAUGUAGCAUUAACUUAUAAAUGAACUGAAAGAUAUAUUUUGUUAUGUCAAACGAUGAAAAACUUUUUUAAAGCAUUUGGGAGUUUUAUUUGGUCCUCGUUUGACACCAUCAUCUUUUCUAAUGAAAUAUACAGACUGUGUCUUCUCUUUAUCUAACUAAUAAAAAUGAUCCAGUCUCUUCCCAUUAGCUUCAGUGUAGACCUGAUUCUCUCGUUUAGUGUGCCUUCAUACAUUAUUGUUGAGAAAAUGAGAGUUAAUGUCACAAGACAGGACCUUGCAUUUACUUUCAAACUGGAUACAGCAAUAUUUUUCAUUGAUUCAUUGUAGUCGACUAAAUAUUUUGAAGUUUUCCGUAAUGAUAUUUUAUUUGUACUGUAUAGAUGACAAGCAGACAUGGAGAAUAUCAUCUAUAUGACACCAGCCAAUGUAAAGAAUGCUCUUACAAUUAAACCAAAGUUAUCACUGA